GAGCACAGCAGCGUCGUCGCCAUCUAUGAGAUCGAGGUGUGGGGGUAGAGAGGAUAUUUCGGCCGUGGUCAGGAACGGUGAACCCAAGACGGAAGUGAAGAAUCGACUGAAACGGACACUGGGGUUGAGGGGCGUUGAAGGAGAGCCUCGACGACGAAGACGGUUUGGGGGCGGCGUGGCGGGUGGCAAUGAGGAUGAGGAAGGCAAGCUGGUCAUAACGGCCAGCGACAAGAACCGGAUGCGUCAGGUGAUUGGCUUUGUUCCCCGCAAAAUGGCGACGUCACUUGCCGAGGACUUGAAACCCGACAGGCUUCCCACUCUUUGGACCUCUCGGGACUCUUAGUCAUCUUUAUCUGUUCGUCCGCACCGCCAUUCAGUGCAAGGUGAACACCCUCUGCUGUUACAACACCGCACACAGUUCCCUUCAUGAUCGUGUAACAAAGACUUGUCGUCAUGGCGGACGUUCUCAUUAGCGAACAUGCCUAGGCGCUUCGGAGGAGGCUCUGACAACUGCAAGCCUCAGAAUGACUCGACUAUGCUGAAACCAUGGAGCCAAGAACCGAGCUUCGAACUCGGAUGGCCUGUCGACUGAAGCGCAUUGCUGAUGCCCAAGCGUUUUGUUUCCUGUGACCAAUCCAAUCCAUUCUCUCCGGGACCUGACUGCGCAUUCCACAACAUGUGCACUUGGGCAUGGGUGGCGUUCGGUAAGCACGUCGCCUGGUUGACCCUAUCGGCCGAAUGAGAGUUCCAUGGCCUGUAUUCGUAUUUUUUCUUAUCUUAGCAUCUCCACUCCCCUGUCGGAAGGUAUGGACUGCGCCGCUUAUAUCGUCAUGUGCCAUUCUGCGACAGGCGCGGUCGCUCUGCUUCUCAAUUGAUGGCUUCGGCCUCCCUUAUAAAUGCAACACGUUCGAAACGAUCCUCCACCAUGGUUUUCCUCCGCACAGUCAGUCUCUUCCUCCUCUCUUUGGCACUGUCCGCACGGGCGUCGUUCCGAGACUUUGGAAUCCCCGAGUCGGACGCCACCGUCAACGUGCGCGUCUUCGAUGUGGGAACGACCACAAUGGCCAACGCGAUGGCGCUUUUUGUGCACCCUGUACCAGCAGGCCGGGAGAACAUGACCUCGUCGAUGCUCUCGUUCUUGAUCGAGCACAACGGGAAACGGAUGUUGUUCGAUCUGGGGAUGAGAAACGACACGCAGAACUUUUCGCCCACCGUCGCCAGUUACUUUCCCGGACUCGUUGCCAAGCUCGACGAGCCGAACGGGGAGAUCACAGGGAUCUUGAAGAAGGCCGGAAUUCCUCUCAACACCAUCAACGCUGUCAUCUGGAGCCACGCCCAUUUCGACCACAUCGGAGACAUGUCCAAGUUCCCGAACAGCACCGAGCUGAUCAUCGGAUCCGAGACCGACAUGGAUACUUACCCUCAAGUUCCCACCGCGAGCUUGAAGGCUGAGGAUUUCGCCGGCCGCACUGUGACCAAGAUCGACUUCUCGAAGGCUAAGAUGACUUUCAACGGGCUCAAAGCGAUCGACUAUUUUGGGGACGGCAGUUUCUAUCUCAUGGAUACUCCCGGACAUAUGGCGGGCCAUAUCACAGCGCUGGCUCGCACCACCAAGUCCACGUUCAUUGUCCUCGGUGCCGACACCUUCCACCAUCCCGGCGAGGUUCGUCCCCGUCCCGCUUUCCAGCAACAGUACCCCUGCCCCGCCCAUCUGCUCGAGGAUGCCAAGGCGAUCUCCACCGACUACUUCUGGUCGCCCAAGAGCAGCUCGGGCGCAUUCGACCUCGCCUCGCGACCGGAGCAGCUCUUCGCGGUGUCGGACACGGCGGGAUCGUUCUACGCCGAUCCAGUCACCUCGGAGAUCUCGAUCGUGAAGCUCGCGAACUUUGAUGCGGAUCCGGAAUUUUUCGUGCUCGCCUCGCAUGACAUCAGUCUGCGCGGGGCGAUCCCCGUUUUCCCUGCAUACUUGAACCAGUGGAAGCAACAAAAUCUCAAGGAGAACAGUGUUUGGGGAUUCCUGAACAAAUCGAGCCCGUCUUUCAUCUUCACUGCGGUCUAGCGGCGGAGCGGCUGGCUUGUUAAAUUAUAGAUUCAUAGAUAGACGCUUCUAAUUUUUGCUUAGUAGAACCUCUUCCGCAUAUGCAGAACCACCUACCGGGAUCAAUAGAUGGAAUAAUAUUGGAUUCACUUCGGAGUUCAAAAAAUGACCGUUGGCCAUAAAUCUCCUACCAUUAAAUCACACUUUAUACAAUCCAGCGAGUAAAAAGAUAGCACUACCGUGAUUUU